UUUGUUACAAUACUGUCAUAUGAAUAAUUAUAUAGGCCUAAAACAUUAUUAUAUUAUUGUAAUAAUUGUUUGGCAUCCUAAAAUACAAUGUAGACUGAGACUCUAUAUCACAACAAAAAAGAUGUUUGAGCCUUCUUUCAUUAACAGGUACAAUGCUGUUUCUUUGGUCAAUUUGCACUCUGUACAUGGGUUGAAGCUCUCAGUUUUGAACUUCCAGAGUACACCAGAUUGAUGCAUUUAACCUUAAAAUAUACAAAAAUUUCUUCCGGGGGGGCAUGCCCCCGGACCGCCCUAGAUGAGUUACACCAAACAUAGUUUUACUAAUUCCAGUGGGAAAUAAUCUACAUUUUAUGAACUUUAACCAAGAAUACUACAAAAAAGCUCCUUUCAUGUCAGUAAAUUAAAAUGUCAUUGGACAAAUGUAGAUUUUGGCUAAGCCACGAAAGUUUACAAUGUCUGGCUCCACCCCUGAUUAUGGCCAUAAAUAAUUCACAUAGCCUACUAAGCAAUAGCCAGUACAAAUUAGGCUAUAGCCUAUAAUUUGUUAGCCACAAUACGAUUCUUAAUGAAUCAAAAAAACAGUUACAAUAAGUUAUCUAUGAAUAUUAGCCUAGAAAAUGCUGCCCUACCAAAAUUUGUGAUUGCCCCCCCAGUCCAGCAAGCCUAGUACCGGGCCUAAGGAAUAGUUCACCCAAAAAUGAAAAUUCUAUCAUUUUCUCUCCCUCAAGUUGUUCCAAACCUGUAUUAUUUCCUUUCUUCUGCUAAACACAAAAAAGGUAUUUUAAAGAAGGUUGGUAAUUAAACAGUUGCUGGUCCCCAUUGACUUCCAUAGUAUUUUUUUUUUUCCUACUAUGGAAGUCAAUAAUGGGGUCCAUCAGUCGUUUGGUUACCGACUUUCUUCAAAAUAUCUUCUUUUGUGUUCAGCAGAAGAAAGAAAGUCAUAAAGGUUUGGAACAACUUGAGGAAGAGUAAAUGAUGGCAGAAUUUUUAUUUUUGGGUGAACUAUUCCUUUAAAAUGACCUGCUCUGAUCACAUGCUCUGGAAAUAAUAGCUUUUUUAGGACUAUAGUUUAUUUUUAUAAUUAGUAAAAAAAAAAAAUCUUAAAUUGAUUAUGUUGAUUGAUUAUUGAAAAAGAAUAAUACAUUGAUAUAUUGAUGUUUAAUAUUAUUUUAAUAUAGGGCUAUUUUCUGUUCCUUUUUUUCCGGUGAUUCUAAGUUUAAUUAUUGAUGAUUACAAGCUUGGAGGAAAUGCAAUUAAUUACAGCAAAUUGUGCAAUUAAUUAGUUAAUUUUUUUUAAUCGAUUCCCAGCCCUAAUAUUAAUACAUAUCUUAUUUAGUAUUAUAUAGAAAUAUAUUAAUAUAAUAAAUACCGGUACUUUGCUUGUUUCGUUAAUGGAUGAAUCACUGUUUUUUGAACGAAUCUCUUGAAUGAUUCAAUAACAAAUACAUUUAAGUCACUUGUCGCCACCUAGCGGUGUAACAAUGCAAUCGUGCUCAAACAUGUUGAUAAGAAAAUUAAUGCAGCCAGAUGCAAGGCCCUGGAUACGUUGCAGGAGGUGGCCAGGAAGAAGAGGAAGUUGGAGUAAAGCAAGAAGAUAGUUCAAUGAGAGUUUGUUUCGGAAUAAAAAAUGAAAUUGAAUAUUACAAAUUAGCGUCUGUGUAUUUUGAUUUUCAGAAUUUCAUUUUAGUCUGUGCCUAUGGGGUGGGCUGGGGAUGGCAGGGGUUGGUGGCAAUGUAAGUAUCUGGAUAUUUGCCGCUGGGCGGGGGCUUCGAUUACCUCUCUCUUUUUUGACCAUACAUGUGUUUGCACCCCUGAAAUAUGAAGUUCAUUAAUUUUAAGCAUUAGUGUUGCUGUUGUUGUUGUUCAACUGGUCAUUUAAGACCAUUAACUCUGUUAAGAAUUCUCUUCUUAAAGAUGGCGUUUAUUAAAGAGUAGACUGAAGACAUGAAGAUUGAGUUUAUUAAAGAAGAGACUGAAGAUAUGAAGAUGGAGUUUAUUAAAGAUGAGACUCAAGACAUGAAGAUUAAAGAAAAAUUCAAAGUGAAACAUGAAGAUACUGAGGAACAAACAGACCUGAUGGCACUGAAAGAAUCGACUCAUGAACUUAAUGAAAGGGAAGAAGAGAAAAAACAUUACAAUAAACAUCCUGAUUUCAUGAUUGGAGAAAGAUUGACACAGGCUAAAAAGUGUUCCUCACAAAAAAAAGCUCAAAAGACAGGAACUAAAAGUUAUUUCACCUGCCAACAGUGUGGAAAGAGUUUUGACCAACACAGAAACCUUCAAGUCCACUUGAGAGUUCACACUGGAGAAAAGCCUUACACCUGUCAACAGUGUGGAAAGAAUAUCAGUGGAAAAGGAAACUUUGGAAUCCACAUGAGAAUUCAUACUGGAGAGAAACCUUUCACCUGCCAGCAAUGUGGACAGAGUUUUACACAUAAAGGAAGCCUUAAAGUCCACAUGAGAAUUCACACUGGAGAAAAGCCUCAUACCUGUCAACAGUGUGGAAAGAGUUUCACAUUUAAAGGAAACCUUGCAGCCCACAUAAAAGUUCACACUCAAGAGAAGGCUUACACCUGCCAAGAGUGUGGACAGAGUUUUACACUUAAAGGAAACCUUAAAGUCCACAUGAGAACUCACACUGGAGAAAAGCCUCACACCUGCAAACAAUGUGGAAAGAGUUUCAGUCAAAAAGGAAGCCUUACAGCCCACAUGAGAAUUCACACUGGAGAGAAACCUUACACCUGUCAAGAGUGUGGACAGAGUUUCACUGUAAAAGGAAACCUUAUGGUCCACAUGAGAAAUCACACUGGAGAGAGUCCAUUUGCCUGUGAACAGUGUGGAAAGAGUAUCAGUGGAAAAGGAAACCUUGAAAUCCACAUGAGAAUUCACACUGGAGAGAAACCUUUCACUUGCCAGCAAUGUGGACAGAGUUUUACACAUAAAGGAAACCUUAAAGUCCACAUGAGAACUCACACUGGAGAAAAGCCUUACACCUGCACUCUGUGCGGGAAUGGUUUCACACGGGAACGAAACCUUAGGAAACACAUGACUAUUCACACUGGAGAGAAGCCUUUUACAUGUGAUGAGUGCUGAAAGAGUUUCAGAUUUAAAGGUGACAUUAAGGUCCACAUGAGGAUUCUCUCGAAAGAGAACGGUUUUAGAAGUCGUUGCUGUGGAAAGAGCAGAGGUGUAAAGAGUACCUGAAAACCAUAUUUGAGUAAAAGUACAGAUACCUGACAGCAAAAAAUGACUCCCAUUACAAGUUAAAAGUGACAAAUUCUAAUACAACUUGAGUAAAAAAUCUUGGUGUAUCUGAUUUUAACAUUACUUUAGUAUUUUACUCAUGCUAAAUGUAGGCUCAGAGAUGCACUAGUCUUCGAUACCUGAGAGAAAUGCCAGUAAAAAUAAACAAUUGAUUUGAUUGAUGAGAAAUCAUGUUUAUUUUUUAAAAUCAAAAUAAAACUGAACACCUCAACAUUGUAAUAAAUCAAAAGUCUACAAAAAGUCUCAGUUAAGCGCAAGUGUCCAAAAAUGCCACAAGUAAACCAAUAAACUUCAUAAAGGUCUUGUCAAUACAGUGGAUAAAUAAAAUAAUGUUAAGUAGUUACAGUCAACUUGCUCUGGAUGUGUUGGUUUCUGUCAGAGCCGGGACUAGAACUCAGGUCUCCAGCGUGAGAGUCAGACUCCCAAUCCUUGAGCCAAUGGAUAAUGGUGAAUGCAACAGUAAGACGUACAGUAAGAGAAGUUGAGAUGCAGAAUAAGUUUUUAAUAAAAGUUCAAGUAACAAAAAAUCCACAGCUGAAGCAAAAACAGCAAAAGAAGUUCUCAAAAAACUGUCCAAAUGGGCAUGCCAAAGAUGAGAAAGUCCACAAAAAAAUAACAGAGAAGGAAUAAUCCACAGGCAAGAAUGAAAACUGAAAAAGUCUCAGAGAUAGAAACACUUACUCAGGCAACUGGCUUCAGAACAACUAAACACCAAGCAAAGAAGCUAUGAGACAUAGUCGUUUAAAUACAGCUGAACGAGACACACAGGGCCAUGUGGGUUUGGAUUUUGUUUUCCCUUCAUAAUAAAAACCUUCAUUUAAA